AUGGCGAGAUGGCGUGGCUCCUGUGACACAGACACGAUGAUGGGCUGCUUUGGUGGUCAGGACUGCCCCAAAAGCUGCCACUACUCGCCGGAAAUCGACUACAGAGCACAGGUCAAGGUUGCCGAUGCCAUCAAGAAGCGAGCACCAGACACAAAGCCCGACCUCUUUAUCAAUGUGGGCGACAACUUCUACUGGGGUGGCGUGAACACAGACUGCGGAACUCCCAUGAACAAGAUCCACCCAGUCACCGCGCAUCAGUUCACUGAGAUCUUUGAGCGCGUGUAUUUCGGCCCAGGACUCUUUGGCAACACAUGCGAUUCAACACCGCCUGAAACACCCGUUACAGUUACCGGUAAAAGGUUCAUCGGUAGUAAGAAUGCUCCUAGUAGCGAUGCCAGGAGCCCCUAG